AUGGCAGGACGAGGGUCCCGCCGCCGCCGCUGUCGUCGCCGCAAGAGCACGAUCAAGCAAGGAGGGAACGGCGACGGCGACGGCGACGCGCGCUGUCCGCCGGACCCCGGAUUCGUUUCCGGGGCAAUGGAGGAGGACACGGAAGGAGCCGCCCCCUGCCCCUCGCACCGCGUGCUCUCCUUCCUGGGCCUGGACGCGACGAAGGAGAGGGGAGCGGAAGGAGGCGCGUCUGGGAAGAUCCGCGAGGGCCCCGCGGCCGUCCCGGCCUCGACGUCGACGAGCAUCCCGCGCGCGUCCGAUCUGGAGACCCUCCUGCGCACGAGGAAGCUGACCCUCAUAUUGGACCUGGACCACACGCUGCUCAACUCCACGGGGCUCGACGACCGCCUCUCCCCCGUCGAGCAAGCCAACGGGCUCACGCGGCACGCCAAGUCUGACCCCACCGCCGGCCUCUUCCGGUUGGGCUCCGCCCGCGUUCGCAUGCUCACCAAGCUGCGCCCGUUCGCGCGGGGUUUCCUGGAGCAAGCCAGCGCCAUGUUCGAGAUGUGCGUCUACACACUGGGCAACCGGGACUACGCGAGGGCGGUCGUCAAGCUGCUGGACCCGGACGGCGCCUACUUCGGCGGCAGGGUCGUGUCCCGCGACGAGUCCACCAGGCAGGACAGCAAGAGCCUCGACGUCGUCCCGGGCGCCGAGGCCGCCGCGGUGGUGAUCCUCGACGACUCCAGCGACGUCUGGCCGGACCACCAGGAGAACCUGAUCCUGAUGCACCCGUACCUCUACUUCGCCGAUAGCUGCCGGACGUUCGGCUAUGGGGUAAACUCCCUGUCGGAGCUGAGGCGCGACGAGCGGGAACAUGACGGCGCCCUGGCCGUGGCGCUCCAGGUCCUGACGCGCGUCCACCAGGGGUUCUUCGACUCCGUCCUCCGCGGCCGCUGCUCCGACGUCAGGGAGGUGAUCAGGGCCGUGCGGCGCGAGGUGCUGCGUGGCUGCACGGUGGCGUUCAGCCGGCUCAUUCCGCUCGAGGACGUCUCCGGGGAGCACCCCAUGUUGAAGCUAGCCAAGCAGCUGGGCGCCGUCCACGCAGCCGACGCGGACGCCACGGUCACCCAUGUUGUCGCGCUGGAUCCGCGGACUGACAAGGCGCGUUGGGCACGGGACAACGGCAAGUUUCUGGUCAACCCGAUGUGGAUAAUGGCGGCAAGUUUCCGGUGGUCCCGUCCGUGCGAGCAAGAGUUCUCAUUUCCCAGUCACCCGCGGCCAUGGAUCCUCCUCAUGUAUCCCUGGACAAGCCAAUUUGCUGAAGAUGCAGAUGGGGAUGAGGAAGGUGAAGAUGCAGAUGGAGAUGGCUUUGACAACGGUCCAAUGAGCACCAGCAGCCGCAAGAGGAGGAGCACUACAGAUACAUUGGUCAAGCUGACGAAGGGGCUGACAGAAAGGAGGCACACAAAAUCUUCGCUCCAAGUUCGUUCAAAGAAGACGUAG